GUAGGACUAAUGCAUUUAUUUCGAAACCUUAACCCACUACUAGGCAGCUUACCUGCCUGCCUUAACUUUAUAAGGCUCUGCAACUUUUCACCGCUUUGCAACUUUUCUUUUCAGUUUCAACAUAUAACAGCUUGAGAUGGGGGAGAAGGUGACGAUGGUGCUGAAGGUCGACCUUCAGUGUAGACGCUGCUACAAGAAGGUGAAGCAAGUACUUUGCAAAUUCCCUCAAAUACAAGACCAGAUAUACGACGAGAAGGCCAACACGGUGACAAUCAAGGUAGUUUGCUGCGAUCCAGAGAAGCUGAGGGGAAAGAUACGUUGCAAGGGUGGCUAUUCCAUCAAGUGCAUUGAGAUCAAACAGCCAAAGUCUGAGACGGAUCAAUCUGAGAAACCCAAGACGAAGCUUCCAGAUCCCCCAGGACAAACAAAGCCACCGGAGAAACCGGCUUCUCCUACGGUUUUGGCCUUAUUCCCGGGUGGAUUUUGUUGCAAGGAUUGUUAUCAUGGUCAUCAUGGGGGCCCUUGCUACUUUGGCGGACCACCUCCGCCCCCAUACUAUUGGCCUUAUGGUAGGCCUGUUUAUGUUAACUGGGGCGGCGGCGGCGGCGGAAGCACCUACUGUUAUUGUUUUGAAGAAAACCCACAAUGCUCAGUCAUGUAAGUUGUAGCAUGGCACAUGUGGGACGCUCAUAAUAAAGUUAUUCUACGUUUCUCCCUUGAAUUAUUGUCAUUCAGUUAAAAUACAACGUCGAAUGUUUUCAUGUUUUA